GAAGCGGCCACCAUGCAUUCGGUGGCCGGGAAUAAAGAGCGGCUGGCGGUCCCCGGCAGGGGCAAGAAAUGCGGGGUGGCCGAGGUCUGCUCGCCCCCCAAGCCCGCCGCGCCCUUCUCGCCCGAGAGCUGGUACCGCCGGGCCUACGAGGAGCGCGCGGGGGCGCGGCCGGCCCCCGAGGGCGCGGGCUCGGCGCUCGGCUCGUCCGGGACGCCGUCCCCCGGCUCCGGCACCUCGUCCCCCAGCUCCUUCGCCGGCUCCCCGGGCCCCGCCUCCCCGGGCAUCGGCACCAGCUCGCCGGGCUCCCUGGGCGGCUCGCCGGGCUUCGGCACCGGCUCCCCGGGCUCGGGCAGCGGCGGCGGCUCCUCCCCGGGCUCCGACCGCGGCGUCUGGUGCGAGAACUGCAACGCGCGGCUGGAGGAGCUGAAGAGGCAGGCGCUGAGGCUGCUGCUCCCCGGGCCCUUCCCGGGCAAGGAUCCUGACUUCUCUGCUGUGGUUCACGACAAACUCCAGGUCCCCAACACAAUCCGGAAGGCUUGGAACGACCGGGACAACCGCUGUGACAUUUGUGCCACGCACCUGAACCAGCUGAAGCAGGAGGCCAUUCAGAUAGUGCUGACCUUGGAGCAGGCGGCCAGCAGCGAGCACUUCGAUGCUGCCCCCGGCUCCCCGCCGCCACUCUCCCCCAUCCCUGUGCUGGCCGGCUCACGGCACGCGGGCAGCCUCCACCAGCCCAGGGACUGGGCCUUUGUGCCUGCCGCCUAUGCCCCCUCCAACUACACGGGCCUGGUCAACAAGCACAACAGCAAGCCCAACAGCCUGGGGGUCAGCAAUGGGCUGGAGAAGAAGAGCGGGUCCCCCACACACCAGGCCAAGGCCGGCCUCCAGACGGCCACCAGUCCCAAUAAUGGGAAUGUUCUCAACUCCGUGGCCGUUCAGGCUCACCAGUACCUGGACGGCACCUGGUCCCUUUCAAGAACCAACGGGGUCACCCUGUACCCGUACCAGAUCUCCCAGAUGGUGACAGAGCCUGGCCGCGAGGGACAGACGGAAGCGGUGCUGAACUGCUACAAUGCGGACAAGCCCUCGGCCUGCAGCGGCGCGGCCCCCCCGGCCUCCAGCGAGGCCCCCACCGGCACCUCCGUGGCCGCGUCCUUCUUUGCAAGCCCCACAUCCCUCUUCCACGCGCCCCUUUCCUGCCUGCGUCAUGAAGCCAGGCUCCCACUGAGCUUCCUGUGGGACUCGUUGGACAGUGCGCACAAGGAUGUCACCAGCUCAUGGCGCCGGGCGGCCAAUGGGGGAUGGUCCCGGGCCGGCGCCUGUGCCUUCACCUUCCUGCGACACAUCCAUGACCCACUCCCUGUCUUCAGUAUUGGUCAUUUAAAAGCUGUAACAGUCCCCACCGUUCACCUUGAGCUGUGGCACAUGACACACACAGAGAUGAGGGCAGCCAGCGAGUGUCUGUUCACGCCCACUCAGAACUUACACUGUGAUCAGGCGCUGCCGGCAGAGUCCUGCUCGCUGUGGAUGACCUUCAUCGACGCCCAAGUGGCCGUGCUCCGGGCCCUGCCGGCCGUGGGGUGCAAGCUUGGACCCCAGCAGCUAGCCGAGGGGGAGGCAAGGGGACAGCACAGAGAAGGACCCGGGGCAGGGGCCGUCUGGAAUUACUGCAGGGAACCCCUCAUGCUGCCAACGGGCAUCAGUUCCAAAGUUAAAUUGAAGAAAGCCUACUGGGAAGAGGUGGCUGCAGCUCACGUGGGAGCCACGGCUGGGCUCCUGGUGGACUCCUGCCAGGCUCUGCCUUGCAUGCUGAGCGCGUUCCUCUGA